CGUCCGCCAGUCUGCAUGUAAAGAAACCGCGGGGAGAAUCUGUGGAUGAGUGGCCACAAACUCCUCGACGGCCCAAUCGCAGCCUUCCUUCCCUCCUUUCCACUUUCUUUGUUUUUAGAUCUCCAAACAAGAUAAAAACAAUAAAAUAAAGAGACGGUGGAGAGGAAUAGAUCGGGGUUUGGAUCCCUUCCUUCCUUGCAUCCCCCACCCCUAUUCUUUCCCCUUCUUUCCUUCUUUCUGCUCCCUUUAUACAUCCAAAGAUUGCUCUUGCGCCUCCUUUUUUCGCUUCUUCUCCUCGGAUUCACAUCCAAAGUUGGGUCUAUACCCUCUUGGCUACUCGAUUGCUGCUGCUCUCUGGUCUUUUACCCUGAUCGAAUUCUCUCUGCUGGUGGGUGGUCCGGGGGUUUGCAGGGGUUUUGGGUUCGCGUUGUUCUUGAAUAGGUACUCCGUGGGAGCUUUAGGUUCAUGUUUUGGACUUGAAAUUUUGGGUUUUUUGUCCUUGUAAUCCAUCGAUGGUUGAGACUCUCUCCUUGUUUUCAGUAAAAGAAAUGUUCUUGAAUUGAGUAUUCGAUUGAUUUCUGAUCGAGGUCUAUCCUUUGCAGAAUUUGUUUAUAGAUUCUCUUUAGUUUCGGAAGGGUGGGUUAUCUGUUCCGAUUCCUUCGGGAAAAACUAUAACUUUCCCCCGUUGCUUCCACUGGAUCUGCCCUCUGUGUGCUCUGCUAUCGGAGAAUCCGUCCAAGGUUUGAUUUUGAGUAGAUAAACGAUCAGAAGACCUGGAAAUGGUGACGAACUCUUGGAUGGAAGUUCUCACCCCAAGGGCCCCGUACUUCCCCAACUCAAGUUGGCUUCCCGGCCCGAAGAGGAGCGGGGCUUGGACCCAAGAGGAGAACAAGCGCUUCGAGGAUGCCCUAGCGCGCUUCGACAGGGACACCCCCGACCGAUGGGAGAGGGUGGCGGCCAUGAUCCCGGGGAAGUCGGUGCGGGAUAUCAUCUCCCAUUACAAGGACUUGGAGGACGACGUGAGCCACAUAGAAGCUGGGCUGAUCCCGUUUCCUGGCUACAGCUCUUCGUCUUUUACGUUGGAUUGGGAGAACAGCCAUGGGUAUGAACGGUUGAAGCCAUCCUACUGCGUCGGCGGGAAGAGGUCAGGAGGGAGGCCGGAUCAGGAGAGGAAGAAAGGAGUCCCUUGGACUGAAGAGGAGCACAAGCUAUUUCUACUGGGUCUCCAGAAAUAUGGGAAAGGGGAUUGGAGAAACAUAUCACGCAAUUUUGUCACCACCAGGACGCCUACCCAAGUGGCUAGCCAUGCACAAAAGUAUUUCAUCAGGCUCAAUUCAGGUGGAAAAGAUAAGAGGAGGUCCAGCAUCCAUGACAUCACGACAGUCAACUUGCUGAACAAUGGGCCUCCUUCACCAUCUCAGGCAUCCAUGCUUGCCAAGCGAUCGAGUUCUGCUGCUACCACUGGAAUCUCUGACCAGUUCUCGGUCAUAGUCGAUUCAAAUCAGCCUAAUGAAGCAGCUGCUGUCUUUAGCCCAUCGGCACAUGGUAAUCCAUUCAUGCACCCACCUUAUGAAAUUACUUCAUAUGGGAUGAAAUUACCAGCUCAAAAUUCUCAAAGAGGCAUCCUUCAAGAUUCAAUGGUUGCAGACCAUAGUAUGCUAUUUCAAAUGCACCCUCAUGGAUAAGAAAAUGGAGAAUGUGCACUCCUGUAGACAAUAAUUGUCUAUGGACAUCUUUUGGGUGGGGAGUGGGGAGGGGAUGGGGUUACUUGGAUCAUUAAAUUCAGGCCUUUUGGGGCUGAAAUGGAAUGAUAGAGUAUGUAUUUCCAAUGCUGUCAAUAUGUCAAUACUGUGAUAUUUUCGUAGAUGGGCCUUAUGAUUUUUCUUUUUCUUCUUUGUAUAAUUUGCCAUUCUAAGGUACAGAACUCAAGAAUAUAAUGGCAUCAAGACAUUCACUUGAUGUCGCAUUGCCAUCUGAUAGUCUUAGCUUAGAAUGCUCCAUGCUCGUGUAGGUAUCAUACCCCUUAUGAAGACUUCUCUUGGUUAAGUGCUUAGUUUCCAAGAGAUCUGCAUAGGAGUAUUAUGGCAGCCUUUCCUGUUCGGGUGCUGGCCAGAAGAAGCUAGCUUCAGAUUCGUGGAGAAUGUGCAUACUUCAUGGUACGAUUGUUGAGGUACGAAUUGGAGGCCUAUGUCAUGUUGCUUGCUUGUUGUCUCUCAGAUGUUUUAAGCGGAUCUGUAUGUAAGCUGUUGUGGUAUAAAGAUAGACUGGAAAGUCCAGAGUCAAAUGAUUUAGCUGUCUAUGUUAGUAUUUCUUAUUUCAUCUGUCAUAUGUAUUUGCAGCAGUCAUGGCUUAUUGACCUUUGUCACAUUGUUAUGUAGUUUGAGCUUUACGCGGCAUCUUCCUCUCACUGGCUCUUUUAUAAACAAUAUUCAAAACAAUGGAUAAAUACCUUUUCUGGUAAAAGAUGUGUCCGAGUCUCCGCAGAUUUUUACUGCUGUA